CGUUUUAAGGUUAUUUGAACACUGUACAACUGUAACGAACAAUUACAUGUGCAAUCGUUCGAGGCAUUACUGCACAUUGGAGACUAAUUUCACGCCCCGCAAUGCGUCCCGUGUUGUAAUCUGGUCUUAUAAUAUGAUAAAGAAGGGCUGGAUUUCUGAUGUUUGGUUUGGCCAUAUCAGCAGUAUGCACACUGCUCUUCCUACACUACAGGAUUACAGUAUCAAAGAAGGCCACAGAUAACCAACGGAUUUCUGUUGUUCUUACAUUUCCAUACUUGCUAGACCCAUCGUGGAACAGCCCUGGGUACUCCACCCUCAGUCACAGUCAGAAGGAGGCUCGAGCGGAGGAAUAUAUUACAGGCCUUUCCAGAACCUUGAUACAUCCGCACAUACAUGAAGUCCACCUUCUUUACGACCAAGAUUUACUGCCUGAUCAUGUUAAUAAGAAACUUUCAAGUGUUACUAUCCAACAGAAACUGUUUUUCCACUAUUUACAAAACACCAGGCAAGCGCUUUCGACUUUCCGAUUUGCAUUUGAGAAUCUUAAAGGUCGAUUGGUGAUGGUGACCCAAGCAGACGUUUACCCAGAACGAGGAUUUGACCUCAUUGACUUUGAAAGAUUGAAAUCGGAGAGGUUAAUGUAUGCAUUGACUCGUCACGGCAGACUAGAAGAGUCAUGUGACAUGUCAGGUGACUUCUGUGACGAGGGACGAAAAUUUGUCGGAUCUCAUGACACAUAUAUUUUUGUCCCGCAAGGACGUCUAACAGCAUCCGCCAUUGACUCCCUGUCGACAGACACGAUGGCGUGGGGCAUUGACUUGGUGAUUACGUGGGUGUUCCAGAAUGUUCUGAGCUACCGUGUUCUUAACCCUUGUAAGGUCGUAUUCGUUUACCAUAUCCACUGCACAUACAUCAGGAAUACUGGAAGACAAAGAGUGAAUACUGUCAACACGACAGGGUGGAUACCGCCCACAUCGGACUUGUACUGAAAUGUUAUAAUACGUAUUCGUUCAACAUACAUGGGCGCGACUCGUCAUUGUAAGUUCAUUAUUUAAAUGAGAUUGUACAUGACCGAUUAUCAGACGUGUCUUAUGUCCAUUCUAUUAUGAAAAAUACCCUCCGUUUUCAGCUCUGUUCGUGACGUGAUUCCAAUCAAAUUGGUUCCGUGAGCGAGAGACAUCCUGUUAAAGAUAUCGACGUCACUUCCUGUUCCAAGGGCAGUUUGCUUACUAGAAUGCUGAUAUAAUAUCCGAAGUAGACACAAUUUUUGGAUAACGACUUCUUUAAUACUGUAAAGGCGACGUUUCGGUAUAGUCUUGUUUGACAACGGUACAAGGAUCUAUACCGAAACGUCGCCUUUACAGUAUAAAGAAGUUGUUGUCCAUAAAUUGUGUCUACUUUGUCAUCAGUCAACUUCUAAGUAAUGUCUAUAAAACAAUUGAUAUAAUAUACUAGAUAAUCGCGGAUGGUACUAAUCGCAGUUGGUUGAAUUGAUCAUGAUUAUGCAUUAUAAGACGAGGUCAUAUCAGAAAGAAUAAAAAGUCACAUCUCACGUUGAUUGACUGGU